AUGGCUCCAAAACUGCUCAGUUCCCGAUUUUGUCUGCUUCUGCUUCUGGGGCUCAUGGGAAUUGUGGGCUCAUCCCAUGCCAAACCCAGUCAUGUAACCUGGGCUCAGUGGUUUAAUAUCCAGCAUGUCAAUAUGACCCACUCCCGAUGCGACGAUGCCAUGCAGGUAGUUAAUGGUUAUGAGAAACGAUGCAAAAACCUGAAUACUUUUCUCCACACAAAUUUCUCUUCUGUGGUUAGUGUUUGUAACACUCAAAAUAUCACCUGUAAUAAUGGCCGCAUGAACUGUCAUGAAAGUACAGAGCAGGUGCCUUUAACCAUCUGUAACAUCACAAGACACUCGACCAAUUAUAGAAACUGCACCUAUAGACAGACACAAGCACAAAAGCGCUACAUUAUUGCCUGCAACAACAGUGCUCCACAGGACGCUGAAUAUCCAGCAAUGGUUCCAGUUCACUUAGAUCGACUUACCUAA